ACGUGUAAAUCUUGCACCACGGCGCGUAAACUCUACGCUUUUAUUAUUAGUAUUAAUAAACAAAAUUAAAGAAUAAAUUUAAAAAAAGGAAAAAGUAAAAUCAAAUAGUUUUUCUCUUCGUCAUCCUCCUCUCUCCAAUCUCAGAACUUCAUACUAGCCCAUCCCCAUCACCAAAAUUAGGGUUCAUAAAAAUCCCUUUCAAACCCUCAAAUCCCAAUUUCUUAUCAUUCGUUCUCUUCUCUCUCUACUUCCAGAUCAAUCAAUCAUUCAAUUACCCAAACCCCAAUAUUACAUGAUCAUAUACCAAUUUCGAGCUUAAAUUUAUCUCAGCCCGUUAAGAAAAACUUCAUCUCCCCUCCCCAUUGUAUCGUGGUUUUACAGUGUCAUCUGUAAUGGAUAUGGAUGGCGGAAGAAAAGUAUUUAACAGGCUCGGGCCUUCGUCUUCGAGUGAUAACGGCAACCAUAAUAAGCAACAGAAGGUGUGUAUAUAUUGGAGACAAGGAAAGUGCACGAGAUAUCCGUGCCCUUAUCUGCACAGCGAGCUGCCGUCAGCUGCGAAUGGGAAGAGGGCGCAUCAAGGGUUUGGGGCGGAGGACAAUUACCGUAGCGGCGGCGGCGGUGGAUUAAGGAGGAGUGGGAAUUAUAAUUUUAAUAACAAUAAUACGUGGGGCAGGACGCAAUCCCAACAGCCUGCUAAUAAUAGGAAUACUCUGAAGAAGAUCGAAAAAUUGUGCAACCUUUGGGCACAAGGGAGCUGUAAAUUCGGGGAUAAUUGUAAAUACAUGCAUCAAUGGUCGACAGGGGGUUGCUUUACGCUAUUGGCCCCACUGGAGGGACACCAGCAGGUUAUUACUGGGAUUGCUAUGCCCCCGGGGUCUGAUAAGCUUUACACCGGGAGUCAAGAUGAGACGGUUAGACUUUGGGACUGCCAAUCUGGUCAGGUGGCUGGCGUAGUGAAUUUGGGAGUUACAGUAGGCUGCAUGCUAUGUGAAGGUCCAUGGGUAUUUGUGGGUUUGACUAAUCUUGUGAAGGCUUGGAACAUUCAAACAUCCAUGGAGCUAAGUUUAAAUGGACCUGUCGGACAAGUCUAUUCACUAGCUGUUGGCAAUGAUUUACUCUUUGCUGGUACACAGGAAGGAACAAUAUUGGCAUGGAAAUUCAAUGUUGCUACCAACUGCUUUGAACCAGCUGCAUCACUCAAGGGACACACUCUUGCUGUUGUGACGCUAGUCGUUGGAGGUAACAGAAUGUAUUCGGGCUCCAUGGACAGCUCUAUUAGAGUAUGGAACCUGGAAAGUUUGCAGUGUUUACAAACUCUGUCAGGACAUACAGAUGUCGUGAUGUCUGUUUUGUGCUGGGAUCAGUUCCUUUUGUCGGCUUCACUUGACAAAACCGUAAAGAUUUGGGCCGCAACUGAAAGUGGUAACUUGGAAGUAACAUACACCCACACAGAGGAACAUGGGUUACUCACUCUGUGUGGGAUGCAUGAUUCAGAAGCCAAACCUGUGUUGUUGUGCUCGUUGAACGACAACACAAUUCGAGCAUAUGAUUUGCCAUCAUUUUCUGAGAGGGGAAAGAUAUUUUCGAAGAAAGAGGUUCGGGCAAUGCAGAUUGGUCCCGGUGGAUUAUUUUUCACUGGUGAUGGUACGGGUCAAGUUAGAGUGUGGAAAUGGUCGGAACCAACCACCGUACAAUGAGAAGCAAACUAGAGUAUCUAUAUUGUAUCUCUUAAUAUUUUUUCGAUCCCCUAUUUUUUUCUAUCUCAAUGUAAAAGUUCCACCGAUAGAGGAAACGUGAGAAAAUGCGUUUUGAGCUGUUCUCGUUAUUUCCUUACCUUUUUCUUUUCUCUUCUAGGUAUUUUUGUUAGAUUAUCGAGUGUCCUAAUAUGCGUCUGUAACGUGAUCAUAAUAAUGACUAUCUUAAGGAAGUUUCUUCUGCAUUUCACUAGGCCAUUGUACUAUUUAUUUAGUAUUUAGUAAUUGUUUAGUCAAAUUAUAAAGAAGUUCGAUUUUUGUUU